AUGAGACUGUACUGUAUGCUUCCCGGGUUCGGUAAGCGCCACAGUUUUUCAUGCCAGUCUAGCACAGCCCUGUGAGAAAGCGAGAGUGCUUGUGUAAAUUUGUGCGGCAAGGUUGCUACCCAAACCGAAGAAAGCCCGCCGGACGAUGACAAGCCAGGCUACAGCCGCUGUCAUAGUAGAGGACAUUAUCAUGUGAACUCACGGAAUUCGCUGUAUCAUAUAGGCAUUCUGUUGUAAUCGACCAUUUAAAGAAAAUUAAAAAAAACAGACGGUCAAACGAAGUUGCGCGCACUGAAUGUUCAUAGAUUAAUUAUUGUGUUCGUAGCUAAUAUCAACCCGGUGAAACCUUGCAUCGGUUUUUGAGGAUCUUUAGGCUAUGAAUGAGGCGACAUUGGGUAUCUGAAAUUUUCUAGGGAUUGGGAGUGAAUGGACCUUGGCUAAAAUCUCUAAAUUGAUUGAGCAUCAUUGAGGAACGCCGUUGUAGACUUUACCGUAGUAGGCUACUCGGAGCAUUUCCCGUGGAUGUAAGUAGCUACAACACUCCAUCACCUAAAGGAAGAGAAGACAAUUCAUUACUGGCUGUGUGAUCAGAAUAAAAACAGCACCAGGAGCUUCCAUUGAAACCCGAAAGAAACAUGUGAAGACCGUGGUGAAGAUAAAAGCGCGAACCUAGCCUUUGAGAACACAAAGAGGAAGGUAGCCUCCCUCCCACUCCUCCUCCAUCCUCCCCCUGUUCAGUCUGCUGUUGCCUUGUUGCAGAGUCCCUAGUGGUAUGGAGGGCCGACGGUCGCGGCGAGUCACACAAUACAGCGCCAGGACUUUCCCAGCGGGCCCUACACAGGGCGCUGUGCUAGCCAUGCUGGGCUGCUGGGUGUUAGCUGUCGCUGCCACCGUGUGCCAAGGCCAGACCACCUUCACCAGCUUCCACCCAGAGCGCCGGGAGUGGGCCUUCAACCAUCUGACGGUCCACCAGACAACUGGGGCGCUCUACAUCGGAGCAGUCAACCGUGUCUACAAGCUAUCAGGCAACCUGACCCUGAUGGUGUCCCACGACACAGGCCCUGAGGACGAUAACAAGGCCUGCUACCCGCCCCUCAUCGUCCAGCCCUGCUCUGAACCCCUGACCUCCACUAACAACGUCAACAAGCUGCUCCUCAUAGACUACAGCCAGAAUCGCCUUCUAGCUUGCGGUAGCCUCUACCAGGGAGUCUGUAAACUCCUUCGUCUGGACGACCUGUUUAUCCUAGUGGAGCCGUCCCAUAAGAAAGAGCACUACCUCUCCAGCGUCAACCAGACAGGCACCAUGUACGGGGUAAUCGUGCCCUCCCAUGGCCAGGACGGGACUCUCUUCAUCGGGACAGCAGUAGACGGCAAGCAGGACUACUUCCCUACCAUCUCCAGCCGUAAGCUGCCCCGUGACCCAGAGUCCUCAGCCAUGCUUGACUACGAGCUCCACACGGACUUCGUCUCGUCUCUGAUAAAGAUCCCGUCAGACACGCUUGCGCUGGUGUCCCACUUCGACAUCUACUAUGUGUAUGGCUUCGCCAGUGGUUCCUUCGUCUACUUCCUGACCGUCCAGCCUGAGACGCCGGAGAACAGCAUGUCAUCUGGCGGAUCCUCCAACGACCUCUUCUACACCUCGCGCAUCGUACGCCUCUGCAAGGACGACCACAAGUUCCACUCGUACGUCUCCUUACCCAUGGGCUGCGUGAGGAAUGGCGUGGAGUAUCGUCUCCUGCAGGCUGCCUACCUAGCUAAGCCGGGCCGUGUGCUGGCCGCCUCGCUGAACAUCAGUGCCACGGACGACGUGCUCUUCACCGUGUUCUCCAAGGGCCAGAAGCAGUACCACCAGCCUCCAGAUGACUCUGCGCUCUGCGUGUUCACCAUCAAGGACAUCAACGCCCGUAUCAAGGAGCGCCUGCAGUCCUGCUACCAGGGAGAGGGCAACCUGGAGCUCAACUGGCUGCUGGGAAAAGACGUGCAGUGCACAAAAGCUCCCGUGCCCAUCGAUGACUCGUUCUGUGGUCUGGACAUCAACCAGCCCCUAGGCGGCUCUCAGCUGGUGACGGGACACACCCUCUACACAGAGACACGGGACCGCAUGACCUCCGUCACCUCCUACGUCUACAACGGAUACUGCGUGGCCUUCGUCGGCACCAAGAACGGACGCCUCAAAAAGAUCCGUGUGGACGGUCCUCCUCACGGUGGGGUGCAGUAUGAGACGAUGCUGGUCAUCAAGGACGGCAGCCCCAUCCUCAGAGACAUGGCCUUUUCUCUGGACCACAACUACCUCUACGUCAUGUCAGAGAAACAGGUGACCCAGGUGCCUAUAGAGUCAUGUGAUCAGUACGGGACGUGUGGAGAGUGCCUGAGCUCUGGUGACCCCCACUGUGGCUGGUGUGUCCUACACAACAUGUGUUCUCAGAAGGAUCGUUGUGAGCGUGCUGAUGAGCCAUACCGUUUCGCGGCCGCUCUCUCCCAGUGUGUGAAGGCCACCGUGUACCCAGAUAGCAUCGCAGUGUCAGAUCCCAGCAUGCCGUUGCUGGUGAAGGUGUCUGAUGUCCCCGACCUCUCGGCUGGGAUCACCUGUUCCUUUGGCAACCUGACAGAGGUAGAGGGACAGGUCAGCGGUAACCAGAUCCUCUGUGUGUCCCCCGCUGCUAAGGAUGUUCCUCUCAUCCCCACCGACCAAGACUGGUCAGGUGUAGAGUUAAGGCUGAACUCUAAGGAGACUGGCCAGAUGGUCAUCAGCACAGAGGUCAAGUUCUACAACUGCAGUGUCCACCAACUGUGUCUGUCCUGCGUGAACAGUGCCUUCCGCUGCCAUUGGUGCAAGUACCGAAACCUGUGUACCCACGACCCUUCCAGCUGCUCCUUCCAAGAGGGACGUGUCAACGCCUCUGAGGACUGUCCUCAGCUGGUACGUUCGGAGGAGAUUCUGAUCCCGGCUGGGGAGGUGAAGCCCAUCACCCUGAAGGCCCGGAACCUCCCCCAGCCCCAGUCAGGCCAGCGGGGGUACGAGUGUGUCCUCCACAUCCAGGGGGUCAGCCACCGAGUCACCGCCCUGCGCUUCAACAGCUCCUCUGUACAGUGUCAGAACAGCUCGUAUCUUUAUGAAGGGAUGAAGAUCAGUGAGUUGCCAGUGGAUUUCUCAGUGGUCUGGAACGGCAACUUCAUUAUAGACAACCCAGAUAAAAUACAAGUGCACCUGUAUAAGUGUGCGGCCCAGAGGGACAGCUGUGGCAUGUGUCUGAAGGCCCAGAGGAAGUUCCAGUGUGGCUGGUGUAGUGGAGAGGGCCGCUGUACCCUGCGCCACCACUGCCCGCCCCUCAACCCCCGCUGGCUAGACCUCUCCAGCAAGAACGUCAAGUGUACCAACCCCCGCAUCACCGAGGUGACCCCAGUAGCUGGCCCUCCAGAGGGGGGUACCAGGGUGACCAUCCAUGGCAUGAACCUGGGCCUGGCGUUCAGUGAGAUGGUGGACAACGUGGAGGUGGCUGGAGUCAAGUGUUCCCCUGUGGAGGAAGGCUACAUCAUCGCAGAACAGAUAGUGUGUGAGAUGGACGCAGCACCAGCAGACAGCAAGCCUGGCCCCGUCCAGCUGUGUGUUGGGGAGUGCAGACCUGACCUCAAGACUCGCUCUGCCCAGCUCUACGCUUUUGUGAUGCCAUCAGUGCAGGGCCUGUCCCCCAGCAGGGGGCCUGAGUCUGGGGGCACCAAGGUGACCAUCACGGGGGAGAACCUGGGCGCUGGCAGCAGUGUCACCGUCCUCUUUGGAAACCAGACCUGCGAGUUCUACGGGAGGACCAUGACAGAGAUCGUGUGUUACUCGGCCCCCUCCCUGACUGGGGUGGGUUCGGUGCAGAUCAGCGUGAGCGUGGACCGGGCCCAGGUCAAGGAGAGUCUGAGUUUCGACUACAUCGAGGACCCCACCGUCCAGCGCAUCGAGCCAGAGUGGAGCAUCGCCAGCGGCCACACUCCUCUGAUGGUGACAGGAACUCAUCUGGAUGUUGUGCAGGAGCCCAGGAUGCGCGUCAAGUACGGCGGCCGCGAGUCUGUUAACGUGUGUAAGGUUCUGAACACCACCAGUAUGAAUUGCUUUGCUCCAUCCCUGGUGGCAGAGUACCGUCCAGGCCUGGACACGGUCAAACACGCUGAUGAGUUUGGGUUCAUCUUCAACAACGUCCAGACUCUGCUAGUCUAUAACAAAACCAUCUUCCUCUACUACCCCAACCCAUACUUUGAACCUCUCAGCACCAAUGGAGUCCUGGAACAGAAGCCCGGCUCGCCCAUCAUUCUCAAGGGCAGAAACCUGGUGCCUCAUGCCUCAGGGGGGGUGAAACUCAACUACACUGUGUUGAUCGGGGAGACCCCCUGCUCUGUCACCGUGUCUGAGACCCAGCUGCUGUGUGAGCCCCCUAACCUCACGGGCCAGUACAAAGUCAUGGUGCAGGUGGGUGGUCUCCAUGUGUCUCCGGGGUCAGUAAACAUCCUGUCAGACAGCCUGCUCACCCUCCCCGCCAUCGUCAGCAUUGCCGCCGGCGGAGGCCUUCUCCUCAUCAUCGUCAUCCUCGUCCUCAUCGCGUACAAACGCAAGUCGCGGGAGAAUGACCUCACCCUGAAGCGCCUGCAGAUGCAGAUGGACAACCUGGAGUCCCGGGUCGCCCUGGAGUGCAAGGAAGCAUUUGCUGAGCUGCAAACGGACAUCAAUGAGCUGACCAGUGAUCUGGACAGAGCUGGUAUCCCUCACCUGGACUACAGGACCUACGCCAUGAGAGUCCUCUUCCCUGGCAUCGAGGACCACCCUGUUCUCAGAGAACUGGAGGUGUCGGGUAACGGUCAGCUGAGCACAGAGAAGGCUCUGAAGCUCUUCGCUCAGCUCAUCAACAACAAGGUGUUCCUGCUGACCUUCAUCAGGACUCUGGAGCUCCAGCGCUCCUUCUCCAUGCGCGACCGCGGCAACGUGGCGUCGCUCAUCAUGACGGCGCUGCAGGGCAAACUGGAGUACGCUACCGACGUGCUCAAACACCUGCUCUCUGACCUCAUCGACAAGAACCUGGAGAGCAAGAACCACCCCAAGCUGCUGCUGCGUCGAACGGAGUCCGUUGCAGAGAAGAUGCUCACCAACUGGUUCGCCUUCCUUCUUCACAGGUUCCUCAAGGAGUGUGCUGGGGAGCCUCUGUUCAUGCUGUACUGUGCCAUCAAGCAGCAGAUGGAGAAAGGCCCUAUAGACUCCAUCACUGGAGAGGCGCGCUACUCCCUCAGUGAGGACAAGCUGAUCAGACAGCAGAUUGACUACAAGACCCUGAUCCUGAACUGUGUGAACCCAGACAACGAGAACAGUCCUGAGAUCCCAGUGAAGGUGCUGAACUGUGACACCAUCACCCAGGUCAAGGAGAAGAUACUGGACGCCUGCUAUAAGAACAUGCCUUACUCACAGAGGCCCCGCGCUGUCGACAUGGACCUGGAGUGGCGUCAGGGGCGGAUGGCCCGCGUGGUGCUGCAGGACGAGGACAUCACCACCAAGAUAGAGAACGACUGGAAGAGACUCAACACACUCAUGCACUACCAGGUGUCUGACCGCUGUGUGGUGGCUCUGGUGCCCAAACAGACCUCUUCCUACAACAUCCCCCCGUCAGCUAGCAUCUCCCGGACCUCCAUCAGCAGAUAUGACUCGUCCUUCCGGUACACAGGUAGUCCAGACAGUCUGCGUUCCCGUGCCCCUAUGAUAACCCCUGACCUUGAGAGUGGGGUCAAAGUGUGGCACCUUGUCAAGAACCACGAGCAUGGAGACCAGAAGGAGGGAGACCGCGGCAGCAAGAUGGUCUCCGAGAUAUACCUGACCAGGCUGCUGGCCACCAAGGGUACACUGCAGAAGUUUGUGGACGACCUGUUUGAGACGUUGUUCAGUACCGUCCACCGGGGUAGCGCCCUGCCCCUCGCCAUCAAAUACAUGUUUGACUUCCUGGACGAGCAGGCGGACAAACACGGCAUCCACGACCAAGAUGUCCGCCACACGUGGAAGAGCAACUGUCUCCCGCUGCGGUUCUGGGUAAACGUGAUCAAGAACCCUCAGUUUGUGUUUGACAUCCACAAGAGCAGCAUCACGGACGCCUGUCUGUCUGUGGUGGCCCAGACCUUCAUGGACUCCUGCUCCACGUCAGAGCACCGCCUGGGCAAGGACUCGCCCUCCAACAAGCUGCUGUACGCUAAAGACAUCCCCAACUACAAGAGCUGGGUGGAGAGGUACUACGCGGACAUUAACCGUCUGCCGGCCAUCAGUGACCAGGACAUGAACGCCUACCUGGCAGAGCAGGCCAGGCUCCACUCCACAGAGUUUAACAUGCUCAGUGCUCUCAACGAGAUCUACUCCUAUGUCUCCAAAUACAGCGAGGAGAUCACCAUGGCCCUGGAGCAGGACGAGCAGGCUAAGAAACAGCGUCUGGCCUACAAGGUGGAGCAGCUCAUCUCAGCCAUGUCCCUGGAAAGCUGAGACAGACCACGGGAUUGGACGACUGGACCGGCCCGGGAUAUCCAUCAGCCACAGCCACCCAACCAACAGUCCCGAUACUCACAGUGGGGGGUGGGGGGGGACAGGGGACAGGGACAACCAACCACCACUGACCUGGGACCUUUUAAAUCCAGAAAUAAGAGUUGUUGUUUUUUUAAAUCAAAUUUUCUUCCUACGCCAUACUGCCACCAACUCCAAAAGACUCCAUAGGCUCUGGAGACAUGGGUGGUGAUGAUGAUGUACGGUGGGGCGACCACAGACCUUCAUAAAGGCUACAUGGCAUCUUUCUUUCCAGCUGAUACUAUUUUGGGUUUGACGGGCAGUGUGGUGUGUGUGUGUGUGUGUGUGUGUAUAGCCCUGGAGGAGAGAUAUGUUGAGAGAAGGAACGAACAGAGGGGAGAUGUUAUAGCCAGAUACACUCUCCCUGUCUGCUGAAAACUCACAUUAGAGACGAUGUAAGAAAAAUAGCUAGCGAAAGUGAUAAACACUUCUCCUGAUGGAUUCCAGAGAUAUUGUUGCUGAGUUUUGCUUCCAAAAAUAUCUGCUUUAUUUUUGUAUGUGUACAUUUUGAUCUUUAUCAGUUGCAGUGGAAACAUCUUCCUCUUGUUACAUACAUGGACAUUGCUGUGCUGUACAAAGGCAUAGGUUGCAUUAUAACACAUCUUAUAGGGUGCCGUGGCCAUCAGAAAGUCAUGGUUCUAAUGUCAUGUCAUGUCCUGUCCUGCUCUCUGUUCUCCUCAGACAGCAUUACCAUUCGUUAUCAACAUGAUACUCCAGACCAAGUGGACAGAACCCAGCUCUGACUGUAAACCCAUCAGCCCUGUACAGGAACCCCCAAAACGCAUUCCGCAUCGUACGGAGACCGGACCUCCUCUGAGGCGGUCAAAGUUCAACCAGCAUGCUUAUCGACCCCAAACCCCCUGUACCCUGUGUGAUAGGAGGAGAUCCACAGGCCCACAGAGCGUUAUCUCAUAAGGACAACAACAACCAGCAUCCCACUGGUUUCUGGAAGACUCUCCUCUGCAGUAACGCCGUCUGUAUGUACUGUGAAUGUACAAAUGCUGAUGGGUCUUUUUCAUUUGAGUAUGUUUUUUAAAACAAAUAGGAGUUAGUUGAACAGAACUUUAAUGGCAAGAUAGAUGGCCAACUGAACAUUCGUCCAAGUCCCUUUAACCCUGUCACCAUCAUUUACCCUGCUACCAAAUCCUCUAUCUCUACCGUAAGAGGGUGUGUACUCUACCGUCUGUAUUGUAGCCGUAGUUGCCGUGGCUACGCUGCUCUUAACGUACAAAUACCAUAAUAUACUGGAGACUAGAUUCUAGAGUCUGCCAAGCUGGGGACUGAGGCUGGCGGCAGGAGUGAAAACACUCCAUUAUAUAACCUCUGUUUGUAUCGCUUUAGGGGGACCGGAUCAAGUGUGUGUGUAAAACUUGCAUGCAUCGUAUCACAUGUCAGAAGAAGUGUUUUCAAGGUCCAUCUUUGUUUGUUUUUGUACGUGCCAAUGGAUCAGGCCUCGCUGGAGACGGCCAGCGGCUAAAUGCUAGCGAACUUAGUUUUCUACCCAACUAUGUACCAGCAACGUCUUUCCAAAUGAGAAUAAGAGAAAGCCUUUGUAGUGCCAAAAGAUCCCGUGGUUUUAAAUGAUUCAUCGGUUAAUGCUUUACAGCGGGGGCCGUCCAAGCCCUCGAACUGAAGUAAAGAGCCUGUGGAGCCGUGCUCACGUAACUGAAAGCUUGUGAACCAGCAGCAGGUACGAAAGCAGGACAGUAGCAGGCUCGGGAGAGAGACAGCUCUGUAAAAUAUAUAGUGACUUGUCGAAAAGUUGUCGUCCUUUUUUUUUCUUUUUUGUCAAGAAGGAAAUAUCUGAACUGCUUGCAUGGUCAAAAGAGGAUAUAAACAUCAAAGACAAUGUGUGUUACAGUACCAGGUAGACCUUUGGUAAGAUUGGAUUGUCCUGUACCUAAUUUAACCCAUUUAUGAAAGGAUAGAUAAGAGGGAACCUUCAUGUUCCCAUCCUAGCUGGAUGACAGCAUACUGUAGAUUCUUUCUGCUCGGUUGAAUGACCACCACCAUUCUGUUUUCUCCAGACUUCUUUGUUGGCUCACUGUUUACAUCAAGUACUUGAAACUAGGUCGCAUUACACAGUGAACAGUAUGAGGCAAUGAUUUAUGGAGGGAGAGAGCAUAACGCCAAUGUUAAUGGAUGUGCUUGUUUUGUCUGUGGCUUUAGAGCACCAAGCUAACCAACCAACCAUCAAAACCACUGAGUGCUCCUGACUGGUCUUCACAUCAACACUAAUCCACCGCCUCUGUUGGCACCGUUUUGUUGAAAUUGGCCCGGUCCUUUUGCCACGGUGUGUAAAGACCUGUUGAGAAGGAUAUAGGGAAGGUGAGGAGGUCAUGGCCUGUUGCUGUACGGGAAGGCAGUGCUUCAGCCGUCUCGCCAGAGAUGUUUGAAGAGUAGGUGCUCAGUCAGAAAUGAGAACGAGAGAGAGAGAGAAACCCUUUUAGCUCUAGUUUCCUGCUCCCGGGCUUUGAAGCAGUGCUUUGAUCUGAGUGUAGUCGUGUGCAGAGUGUGAUCAGAAGAUGAAAAAACACAUCAAAAACAGGCAUAGAGAAAGUCAAGGCGAUCACAUGAUUGACAUGGUGUUAAUGCGUCCUGCCAGGAUGUCUGGCUGUUGGCCCCCUGCUACACAAAUAUCUAUAGGUACACUUUAAAUACAGACACACGCUCAAACACCAAUGUGAAGCAUCCGCCGUUGAACAAUGGUGUCAUCCCAGCUGUUCUCUUCCUCUCAUCCAAGAGAACCAAGCCCCUCUCAUGCCUCAUAUUUGCUUGUCUGUGUUCUGGUGCCUUUUAUAUUCCAUGUGAUGAAACCUCCUAUACUAUGUGUUCCACUCUGUCCGUUUGGCUUGAUAAGGAUGGGGUAAAUUAAAAUGAAAUGGGGUAAAUUAAACAGAGAGGCAUAGUUUGACUGAAACAAAGUUAGUUUUUUCUCUUGAGGGACCAUUGCUUAAUGUUCUGUUUUUGACUUGUCUUUAUUUUUCAUAAACUGCCAUUUCAUUUAACCAUCGAAUCCAACCUCGUCUUCUGGCCAGCAUGCUAUAGCACCAUGACCUUGCUCGUUUCUACAUGAUGAUUAUUAUAUCUUAUUAGAAGUCUUAACUCACUGCUGGCUGCACCUUCCGUUUUGUGAAAGAGAUUUGAAUGAAUUGUAAACAGAUUGAUUUCAUACUGUACACUUUGGAGAGGAUGAGGACAGAAACGAAAAGGUGAAAGUUAUCAUUACGUUUUGUUUUCCAUUCCGCAGCUCAGAAUUUGAAUCUCACAGCCAGUUAAUUGUCUCUGAGAUAUAUUGCAGUUGAUGCACGUCGAGGAUGAUUAAAAUGGCAACGUCCAUUUCCGCGACAGAAGAGGCGGAGCCUAAUUGAAGAAGAUACAGUAUGUUGUGUACUUUUUUUUUUUACUCUUGGCUUACGUGGUGGCAAAGUGAUGGGUCUACUGGCAUGCUUCAUUACUUACAGGAAAACAAGACAAUAAUUCACCUUUUUCCUUUUCUCAUGUCACCAGUCGGGGGAAUCGAAAAGUCAACUAUUAUUCUCAAGGCAGAAGUAUCAAUAUGAAAUGAAUAACCUUCUUCCAUUCUAAACACAACACAAUGUAGACAACCCUUUGUAGACACUGGAGUUCUGUAAUUUGGUAUAUACAAAUGACGAUAAUAAUAAUAAUGGCUGUCUGUUCUUGUUGUUUUAUAAAAGUGCUGUGAAAAUUCUAAGAAAGUUUAAAGUAUUUAAAGUUGUUCUCGUUUUAUUUUUUUUAUGAUUUUUUUUUGCUUAGGUUUUGUUAUGAUAAUAUAUUAUUGUGUACCUAUUGUAAAUAUGAAGCACCUAUUUUGCAAGCCAGGAAUUCACUUUUUACUGUUGUUAUAUAUAAAUAAACUUUGCUGGUUAAAAAAAAACACAUAGAGCUGAAA